CAUUCAAACGUUGGACGUGUGUGCGGAUUUGUCGCAAUUGUCGUCAAAGCGAUUUGAAUGUGAAUUGAUCAUUUGAUCCAAUUUUUGCACAAGAAGAACAGUUUUUAAAUUAUGAAAUUUGCUUAAAAUACGUGAAUAACUUGAACUGUGAAAAAAUGAUGAAACAAAUCAGAAGACUUACUAUUGCUGUUGUUGCAUUCAUAAGUGUUGUGAAUCGUGAAGUUCUGGCCAGUGAAAGCCGAAAAUCUAGAGCCAUCUCUAAUUAUGGAAACUAUCGAGAUGGAAGAUUCCUGCCAAUUUUCACCGUUUUUCAAUGGGGCCAAGGACUGUGCUCGUCCAACUCCGGUGAAUACGGUUCCUGUCAGCCGAACAACGAAUGCGUUUUGCGAGGUGGCAUCCCAGCUGGUCCCUGUGCAGGAGGUUAUGGAACCUGCUGUAUUUUUAUGGCUUCCUGCGGAGGAGUAGCGAGAGAAAAUGGAACCUACUUUGUGAAUCCCAAUCAUCCGGAUACCACAGAUGGGACAGGUAGUUGCCAACUAACGGUUCUUAAAAUGCAUCCGGACAUUUGUCAGAUCAGGCUUGAUUUCGAUCAGUUUUCCAUCAGCGGCCCGGAGGUUUCGAACCACAUUUGCAACAACGAUCAGUUCCUAGUUUCCGGCGGAAGUCCAGCCCCAACAGUCUGCGGAACGUCCAACGGAGAUCAUAUGUACAUCGACGCUGGAAUGGGCCAGAGUAAUCCGAUUAUUUUGACCGUAAUAACCAGUGGGCCUAGCUUUCCACGAUCCUGGAGAGUUCGCAUAUCCCAGAUUCCGUGUGGUGCGAUUUCUAAAGCUGAGCAAGGCUGUCUCCAAUACUUCACCGGAGUUAGUGGUCGAUUAAAGAGCUUCAACUUUGAUACCACGAAUGGGAGACAGCUCUCUAAUCAAGACUACAGUAUAUGCAUUCGAACGGAACGUAACUUUUGCAGCAUCCACUACACGCAAUGUCCGGAUAUCGGAAGAAAUAGAUCCCGAACAUUUACCUUGUCCGGUAAUUCCAACAUGGCCGUCCAGACGAUGGUCGGUGGAGGCACGCAGGGGGCGCCAAAUUCUUGCACAAAUGAUUGGUUGUUGAUUCCAUGUGCUAAGGUGGCAGAUCGACUUCCUACGGCUAACACCUGCGAGGACAAAAUCUGUGGUGGGACGUUUAAUGCUGAAGUCAGUUCGGUUUCGCGAACGGUGGUUUCCAACAUUCGACCUUUCCGAUUAGCUUUCCAUUCCGAUUCCAUAGAGGCACCGGUGGAUGUAGAUAAUCGAGGUUUCUGCUUAGAUUAUGUUCAGCAACCUUGCACUAGUAACUAAUA